AUGUCAAUCAAUCCGUAUGCUCGAGUAGCCCGGGCCAGCCCGGCGCACCCCACCCUACAUCACAAGCGGCGCAAAUGCAAAUGCUGCUACAGCUACAGCCUUGCUGCUGCUGCUACAGCUACAGCUACAGCUUUGCUGCAGAAUUUGCUGAGGCUCGUCCCGGAUCUGACUGACGACCUGCGAUCUGAGCCUCCUCGUCGUCUGUCAGCCCCGUACUACUGGAUCUCUUGCGGCACUUUUUUCCCCAACUGCUGGUGGACAAGUCUGCUCACUUUUCUCGGCCCCCUUGCUUUCUUCCUUUGCUUUUUGUUCCAGAUUCAUGUUUCUUGUAAAAAUAGGUCGAUCGGGUGGGGAUCUGUGUCCCUGCUGCUGCAACUGUACUGCUCGCAGUGA